AAAAAAAUAAAUUACUCCUAUAAAUUACUCCAAUCUAUGCAUAAAUCAAACCAGAGAGGGAUGGUGGGAUUCAGUGAGAAACAAGAAGGAUUGGUUAAAGAAUCAUGGGAAGUCAUGAAACAUGAUGUUUCUAAUCUCAGUCUUCGGUUCUUCACCCUAAUUUUGGAGAUUGCACCAGCAGCUAAGGGGAUGUUCUCAUUUCUCAAAGACUCUGAUGAAAUCCCACAAAAUAAUCCAAAGCUAAAGGCUCAUGCUGUUAAGGUUUUCAAGAUGACAUGUGAGUCAGCAAUUCAGCUACAUGAGAAAGGUGAAGUAGUGGUGGCAGACACUACUCUCAAAUGGUUGGGAGCUAUUCACCUUCAAAAAGGAGUCAUUGACCCUCAUUUCGAGGUUGUGAAAGAAGCAUUGUUGAGAACGGUGAAAGAGGCGAUGGGGGAGAAAUGCAGCGACGAGAUGAGUGGCGCGUGGGCGGACGCCUACGAUCACUUAGCAACGGCAAUCAAGAAUGAGAUGAAGGCUGAAGCAUCUGCUUAAUUAGUUACUGAUAAUCCUCUAAUUUACGUUUGAAAUCAAAUAAAUCUUGUAGUUUGGAGUCAUAAUGUACUAAUCACUAGUGCCCAAAUCAAGUUCAUAUCCUUUUUUAGUCCUUCAA